AUGGCUUUCCAACUCUCUUCCCGAUACAUUUCCCUGCAAGGCAGUGUCUUGAUGGCCGAAUGUCGGACCCACAAUCGCUCAUGGAAAAUAUCUCGCCUCGAUCUAAACUAUUACCUUGGUAGUGUCGACGGCUCCUUCACCAUCCACGGUGCCAAUUUCUAUGCGGCAGCUGCCUACGUUGAGCUUCGCGGUGCUUUCCUCAUUGCCGAUCUAAGGAAGCUUGACGGUAGAUGGAACCGUGCCAUUUUCAAUUUGAACCUCUGCGUUCAGAAUGUUGAUGGUGAACUUCAGUUCAAGAAACCAAACGAGUCCAUCGUUCCUUCAACUUCUUGCUUAAUGGUAGAAGGACCUAUGCUGAAAGCCUUGUGCAUGGGCUAUGAUGGCUUAGCUCAUGCGACUUCCAUAAACCUCAAUGACUACUAUGAGAAUGCCAACGGCGACUUCGGAGCAGGCCGCGACUUUUACUUCACUGCUCGUAGCAUCUCUGUGCAACCAUCCCAGACCUCGAUUCUCUUGAAGGCUGAGUUGUCGGGUAACCAUUGGUGGUCCGGAGAUUUUUGGAACCAGUCAGAAAUUGAUCUGGCUAUUUGCAUCCUCAACCGUGGCGGAAGUUUUAUAUUCGAGCAGCACGAUGGACCUUUUGAUCGCGAUGGUUUCUUCGCCAGAUUCUUCGAACGCGUCCCAUUCGUUGGCUUCGUCAUCGCUGGUAUACAGUUCCUGGCGGGGAAUGAGGAACAUGCCAAACGUGCCUUGGCCUUUUGUGCUAACUCCAGCAUCGUCUGUUGUGGUAUCUUCGUGGGAGCUUUGGCAGGUGGGCCAGUUGGAGGAGCCAUCGGUGCAGGUCUGAUGACGCCGUUGGGCAUACUGGUCGAAACCGAAGUAGCUGGAUACAUUAAAGAUCCACGUCUUCAGGCACAGUUCGAAGAAGCGACUGUAGGUCGCUAUCUCUAUGAGACUCUUCGCAAUACCCUUGCCGCAGGUGCUGCCGGGUAUUUUGGUGAAUGGCUUGGCCAUCAAACUGGGCAAUUGACGACUGCUGCGAUAGGACAAAUUGCAGGAGCCUUUGGAGGGAAGGCUUCGGGUAUCUCAGGCGAGGUCGUCUCGUAUGCGAUGCUGAAGCGGUUGGCUGACGCGCUCAAGAAUGAAGUUCUUCCUGAGGAAUGGCUGAAGGCCGAACUAACUGUUAAGAGCCUCCGGUAGAAGGAUCAUGGUUGAAACCGUUGGACAAUCAUCACUAGUCCCAUAUUCUCCGCCUCAGUGCCCCGCCACUGCUACGUCAGCCUCGAAUUGUACGGUCGGUGCAACUAUAUCAUCAAUUUAUUUAUUGGAAACGUGUAGGGAAAUUUG